AUGGCCGACAGAAAAGGCUGCACCUCGGACUCGGCACCAUCGCCAGCAGCAGUGGAUUCUGGAACGGUCGACGUUUUCCUCCUCUGCUACUUGCCGUCGCCGUUGUUCCACGCACAUUGGGCUCUAUUCGUCCCUGACCAAGCAAGGCCGCAGUGUGGAACUGUGCUUAAUGUUCGAGGCGAUCCUCUUAAUGGCUUUGUGCAUGAAUUCGAGAGGGGAUACAUCCCAAGUGAGGACCCGGAGAAACCACCAACGGUGCUGAAGCUGGGAACGAUAGCGGAGCGGCUCAUCAAGCCCGAGAGAAUUGCACCAAAUGGCAAAGAUUUGGCUGCAUAUAAUCGACUGGAACGGCUGGCGCUCUCGAUCGACGCACCUGGACGAAGCCUUGGCCGGGGAGCUUCGAAAGAUGGCCGCGUGCGUGUGGAAAUCCGGGACUGUCAGUGGUGGGUUCGUCAGUUGGUGUCAUCCAUGAUCGAGCAGGAGAUGGUCUCUAGUGACGCUCAGCGGGUGCUAGACGAAGCACCUCAGCACUGA